GUCACCGCCGCCGGCGUCCUGGCCGGGAAGCCGCUGGUGUCCGGCAGCGCCCUGCGCAUGGAGGGGCAGCUCGUGGUCUACAACUACCAGGGCGGGCCCUGCUACCGCUGCCUCUUCCCCGCGCCGCCGCCGCCGCACGCGGUGACCAACUGCGCCGACGGCGGCGUGCUGGGCGUCGUGCCGGGCGUCGUGGGCUGCCUGCAGGCCCUGGAGGUGCUCAAGAUCGCCUCGGGAAUGGGCUCCUCCUUGGGGCAGACCAUGCUGGUCUUUGACGGCCGCGAGGGCCGGUUCCGCAGCAUCCGGCUGCGAGGCCGGAGGCCGGACUGCGCCGUCUGCGGGGACAACCCGUCCGUCACCUGCCUUCAGGAUUACGAAGCCUUUUGUGGGUCUUCUGCGACAGACAAAUGUAGGACUUUGCAUCUGCUGCCCAGUAAGGACAGGAUAUCUGUAGAGGAAUACAAAAAAGUGUUGGAUGAGCAGGUUCCUCAUGUGCUGUUAGAUGUUCGUCCGCAGGUAGAAGUGGAUAUUUGCCGCCUGGCACAUGCAAUCCAUAUUCCUUUGAGUAAAUUGGAAGAAAAAGAUGAAGAAUGUCUGAAAUAUUUAGAAAAAAGAAUUUGUGGAGAAAAGCAGGGGGCUAAUGGCAAAGCUCUUCCUGUAUAUGUUGUUUGCAAAUUAGGAAAUGACUCGCAGAAGGCUGUAAAAAUUUUGCAAGAGUUACCUGGCCAGGAGCUUGGUUCUGUGUUAGCUAAAGAUAUUAAAGGGGGGCUUAUGGCUUGGGCCACUAAAAUAGACCCAACAUUUCCUCAGUAUUAGCAAUUUACAUAUUGCUGGAAAAGAAUGGAUGCUCACUGUAAAUGCUAUUUGGUUUCAUCUUCUCGGUGUAAUUGCUCUAUGGUAUCGCAAAAA